UGACGUCAGACAGUUUAGGAGAAGGAACAAAGAUGCGGCGAGAAGACAUUUGUCCAAAUUACUCAUAUUUCUGAACCAAUCCGUUCAAAAUACAAUCGCCAGAUGAUAGAAUAAUCCCUAAUUCUUCGUCUAUAAUGUCAGUAUUUGAGUGCAAUAACUGCCAAAGCGAAAUUAAGGGCCAUGGAAUAAAAUGCUUGGACUGCCAAAAUAUCGACCUUUGUUUACAGUGCUUCUCACUUGGUGCAGAGGUCGCAAAUCAUAGAAGUGAUCACCAGUAUAGCAUAUCGACGGGUCCUGUAGUUGGUGCUUUUAGCUGCGAGGUACCAUGGACUCUGGCGGAAGAAACAAUGCUACUGGAUGCUGUAGAACAGUUUGGAUUUGGAAACUGGGAAGAUGUGGCAAAUCAUGUGGAAAGCAAGAGUCCAGAGCAGAGUGAAUACCAUUAUAACUCCUAUUACAUCAAAGGAAACGUUGGAAAAGCAACAUACCAGUUUGACCCAACUCCGAAGGUUACAGACCACACUUGUCCAGAUGGUCCCCUGUCUCCAAGUAUCUCAACCCCCGUCCAUCCCGUGGACCUGAGUCUUCCAGAGCAGCACGCCCUGGGAUACAUGCCACUCAGGGACGACUUUGAACGGGAGUAUGACAAUGAUGCAGAGACUCUAGUGAGCAGCUUGAUGGUGAACUAUGAUGAUGAUGAUUUAGAUAUUGCAAUAAAACUAGCUCAUGUAGAAAGAUACAGACUAAGAUUGAAAGAGCGUGACAGACGGAAACAGUUUGCACGAGAUUACGGGCUGAUUACUGAGUGUGCUCAGGCUGCAGCUGUCACUCUAGCAGCCGCCACUCCUGGAGUCAAACUUGCCAAAUCACCUCAUCCAAAGUCCCCUGCUGUGAAGAAAAAACAAGCUAAAUGGGACAGUGAUUUGGAGGAAACAAUGAAACCAUUUGCUCAGUGCCAUUCCUGUAAAGAACAUGAGGAAUUCCUUGAAAACCAUCAAAAGGAAAAAGAAUUGAAAGCAAGAAUAAAGGAGUUAAUCCACCUCAGAAAAAAUGGAAUCACCAAGUUGGAAGAAUUAGAAAAGUUUGAGGAAGAAAGAAUGAAAAGAGACAAAAAGAAAGAUACCAAAUUUAAAAAGCUAACAAACUUCCCUCCACAAAAACGGCAUUCAACGGGUUCAAAAAACACUACCGCCGGAAGCGAAAACUUCGAUAUACUCAUAGACGAAAACGAAAAGCCCUUGUGUUCCGGCUGGUCAAACAGCGGUGACGAAGACUGGAAGGUUGUUCGGGAAAUGUCACACUGUCCCGGAUACGACCUGCUCUCUAGCACAGAGAAAAAGCUCUGUAACUCGAUUGGGAUGACUCCAGCCAAUUACAUGACCGUCAAAACCUGUAUUGUGAAGGAUUACCUUCAGCGGCGUAAUGGUUUCCCGGUUAAGCUGCGUUACCCGAGCGACCAGGACAAGACUCACCGUCGACGCAUUAUGAGUUUCCUUGAGGACAAUGGCUGGAUAGGCCAUGUUUGAGCUACCUGACAAGCACACUGUGAUAUACUGAUCCUCCUUCCAUGUUUGUGAUACCCACUGUCCACACAGCCGGUCCCCCGGAAUGAUGCCCUGCACCACCGGCAGGGGUUGUUAACUGUUGGGUUCCAUGUCUGUGUCUUUUUAUUGUGUAUGUACCAUGUGUGGAUUCUAGAAGCAGUGAACAAGCUGCUGGAAUGUUUUUAUACUGCUUAGGUCAAUGUCUGUAUAGUUGGAAGGUUAAAAGAAAUGAACAGAGACUGUUAAGUGUAUUUAAUUUGCUGUUGUCUGAGGUAUUGGACAUGUGUUUUUAUUUGGAAUGUACCCAGGAGUGUAUACAAUAUUUAUUCAUAUAGGUAUGGCUUCCAAGGUGAAGUCUGUGCGAGUACUCUGUAGGUGAUGCUUGCAUUGGUUUGUGCAAGAUAAACUAAGUACCACAUCUGAUAUUCAGAUAUUGUGUUCAGAUAUCCCUGCAUUUUUCCUUCAUUGCAUCAUUGGUCAUCUAAUCAACUCUCAUUACAGAUCCAUUUGUUCUCAUAGUCAGUUGUUUCAACAUUUUUGAAUCUCCAUUUUUUUCGAAGAUAUUGUUAGUGUUGGUUGUCAGCGCACAAAAACUUCAACUAUGGCAUUGCCUUGAAAACCAUUCAAGAUAUUUACAUAAAACUUGGUGCACAUAUUGCCAUAGACAAUACGUACAUGUACAGCAAGACCCAUUAUUCCGGCUUUACCAAUUGUUCAGUUAUGCCCGAAAAGACGAGCGUUUGUGUUCGCUCAAAUCACUCUGUUUUACUUCAAAAUCAAAAUAUAUUGCCAUGAAAAAGAACCAGAACAUUUUAAUCCUAUGCCUUGUUAUUUUAUAAAUUUGGAAGUUAUAAAGUUACAAAACCUAUGAAGCUAUUUUCUUGAAAAAAGUAAUGUAUAUUUUUGCUAUAGAAUGUCAAUUGUACACCUUGAUAUAACUUGUCAUAUUUUAGUUAUUAUUUUUACUCAAGUGUUGAAUGUUUAUAUUUAUUUAUGUAUGGAUGUAUAAAAGGUGUCUUUGUUUGGUUUCUCGCACAGCUUAGUAUGUACAAUAUGCUGUUAGUGAAACAGUUACUAGUAUUUAUUUUUGUUGAUUUAUACUUGAUGAUUGAGUACAAGUUUAUAUGUUACGGUUAAUUACAUAGAUGUAUUUAAUAUAAUUAUCAAAUGAGUAUUAUAUAAUAGUUUUCUUAAAAUUUGUAUGUUUCAAACUUAAAUGCAUCUUGAAAAUACUAUUUAUUCAACCAAAUAGAUUUACGUCCUGUCCAGGCAGAUUCAAUAUUUCCAAAGCGGUUUCUGUUUAUUCAAUUUAUUUGUGUUUUUUUUAUUCUUUGUGUGUAUGCUUGAUGCAUCUAAAUGCACUAUAUGAAUGUAUGAAGUAUGUUUUUAACCUAAAGAUGGGCAUACACUCAAAUGGUUCACUUCAUCCUCAUAUAAUGUUUUCUAUUGCACAUCAGUUUUAUACUAUGUCAUUAUGGAGCUAAUUGCUCAAAAAAAGCUAAAAUGAUGAGAAAAAAUAAUAAAAUUUAAAAAUAUUUA